AAAUGGCACAUGUCAGGUGCAAAGGUGCUGCUGUUCUUGCAGAGCCUGUCACGGAGAAAACCUCUGGAGCCUGAAGGAGAAGUGUCCAACUUUCGCCGCUGCCUGACUACCCUGGACUUGGUGGCCCUCGGGGUUGGCAGCACACUGGGGGCUGGUGUUUAUGUGCUGUCAGGAGAAGUGGCCCGGACCGUGGCAGGUCCAAGUAUUAUUAUCUCCUUCUUGAUAGCAGCCGUGGCCUCCGUCUUUGCAGGACUGUGUUACGCUGAAUUCGGAGCUCGUGUUCCAAAAACAGGCUCUGCCUAUCUCUAUAGCUAUGUGACUGUGGGAGAGAUAUGGGCUUUUAUUACCGGCUGGAACCUGCUACUCUCUUAUGUCAUAGGGACAUCAAGUGUAGCCAGGGCAUGGAGUGGGACCUUUGAUGACCUAAUUGGAAAUACCAUUGCCAAUUCUUUGGGAAAACAGGCUGCAAUGAAUUUACCUGGUUUAGCCCCCUACCCUGACUUCUUUGCUGCUGGAAUUCUUGCAUUUGGUGUCAAAGAGUCAGCCAUCGUAAAUAAGGUUUUUACAGCCGUUAAUAUUUUAGUUUUGCUGUUUGUCAUCCUCACUGGCUUCAUAAAGGGGGACAUCAGCAACUGGUACACGAAUGAAGAAACCCUCCUCGCCGGAAACUAUACUUUCCUGAAUGAAACCAGCAGAUAUGGAAGUGGAGGAUUUUUUCCUUUUGGCUUGGAGGGAACCAUAGCAGGAGCAGCCACUUGUUUUUAUGCGUUUGUUGGAUUUGAUUGCAUUGCCACAACAGGAGAGGAGGUUCAGAAUCCUCAGAAGUCGAUCCCACUUGGAAUAGUGGCAUCCCUCCUCAUCUGCUUCCUGGCUUAUUUUGGUGUGUCUGCUACCUUGACUCUUAUGAUGCCAUAUUUUUUGCUCAGCAUCCAUAGCCCACUGCCUGUGGCAUUCUCUUACAUUGGCUGGGGCCCUGCAAAGUACGCAGUGGCCGUUGGAUCCCUCUGUGCACUGUCAACAAGCCUACUUGGAUCAAUGUUUCCGAUGCCCCGUGUUCUUUUCGCCAUGGCAAGGGACGGACUACUUUUCAGACCACUCAGUAAAAUGAGUGACAGACAAAGCCCUGUUAUAGCCACAUUGUCUUCAGGGAUUGUCGCAGCAAUCAUGGCAUUGGUAUUUGACCUGAAGGCACUAGUCGACAUGAUGUCAAUAGGAACCCUCUUUGCAUACACACUUGUUGCAAUAUGUAUUCUCAUUUUAAGGUAUCAAAAUGACCUUAAUGAAGAUUCCUGUUUAGGCAAAGCAGAACCCUUCACAAUUGGGGGAUUAUUGUGCCCUCCUUCUGUGGCCACUACACGGACAUCAAAAAAUGUGUCUGUUUCAACUGUCAUUAUUGUCUUUAUAGCUAUCUUCCUAAGCGUCUUCAUAUCACAGACUCUAGACUCCCUGCUGGCUCUUCAGUGGUGGAGUUUAUUAUGUGUCUCUGUGAUUGUGCUGAUGCUGGUCCUUAUUGUCCUGAUCAUCUGGAGACAACCUCAGAGUACAACUAAAGCUGCUUUCAUGGUUCCUUUUGUACCACUGCUUCCUAUUUUUAGCACCUUUGUCAAUGUUUAUCUUAUGGUUCAGCUUGGAUCAGACACUUGGAUCCGUUAUGCAGUGUGGAUGGCAGUAGGUUUACUCAUCUACUUUUGUUAUGGCAUUCACCACAGUGUGCAAAAACAAAGGCUGGAAAAUUCACAGAACCGAGUCACUUUUCACAGCAUCACCACUAUGGGGCAAAACAUUGAAUCUGGAGAUAUUAUUGGAUGAAUUUUCUGUAUCUUUGUACUUCUUUAUAUAGACAAAGCUAACAUUUUUCUGUGGCAUCUGUACUCAUUCUUUUUUUAAAUUUUAUUUUAUGUUCUUACAUACGUGCAAUGUGUAGAGCCAAAAGAAACUUUUCUUAAAUCGUGAAAAUAUGUGCUGUAAAUGACUACACGUGUAUAAUAAUUAACUCUAUAGUAAUAAACAUUGAACAAUUGGGAAAACAUACAUUUCUUUUCUUGUGUUUUUAUUUAC